ACCCUUUUUUGUUAAAACAUUAGAGAUAAUAUGAUAUCAGUAAAAUUUCAUUUUCCCUAUACCAAAUUUUAAAUUUCCUUUCAUCUCAAAAACAUGAUCUAAAGAUAACUUUAAAACCUCCCUUAAAUAGAAUUCAGUAUAGUUUCCACUCUUAAGUCCUGUAGGGCAGCACAAAUCAAGAAGCAAAACAAGCCAGAGGGAAGUGAAGAUUUAUCUUUGUUCACAGAUACGGACUGGCAAUUUAAAAGUCGAAAGACUUCACAACAGAGGGUGAGCUGAUCAACCCAUUGGCUUAUCAAAGGGUAAACUGCAUUUUUGAAAGGAGAUUGAAGUUGUUUUGUUUGGGGGGGGGCGAGGGUUUGCUUUGCCCCCCACGCUGGGGUGACACAGUUAAGUACAUUUAGAGAAAAUAUUAGGAGGCUCCUUUUUUUUUUCCAUUUUAUUGCCAUCAUAACUUUUUGCCCUGAAGUAAAACCUUCCACUUUACAUGAGUAGGAGGUAAGUAGGAAAAGGAAAGUCAAGUAUCUCAGUUGUUAGGCUGAUUACAACAAAACGGACUUUAGAAGUCAGGGUUUGUAACGCGGCAGGAGAGCUGUUUCGAUGCCCUGGAAGGAGAAAGCCGGUUCCAACAGCGACUCUGGGGAAUGCGCUCUCCGCCCCCCCUCCCCCGACCGUGCUUACUUAAGCUAAUGGAAGAUCUUGCCUUUCAGUAGCCGCUGCACUGGGAUACCAGACAAACAGCUCCCCUCGACCCCUGGCAGACAGGGCCCCUCUUCAGGACAUCAUUAAAAGCACAUGCACUUGUUUCACACCCACUGGCAGCCUCGGGUGGCAAGAUUCAGGACUUCUACUCUGAAGCCAAGGAGAAGCCAGAGUGGUGGAAAACAUCCUCGCUUUGAAAAUCCAAAGCUAAAUUAAAGAGCUACAUGAUAUAAGGAGCCUGAAGAAUAUUAGUUGGCUGCGGGGGUGAGGAGAGACACAAAAAGCACAGCAGGUAAGAGGCUGGGGGUUGUUGCCAAACUGUCCCAGGCGGCGCAUCGAAAAGGAUCUCAGAAUUGGAGGCCUAUCCCUUUGAGACUUCCGUGCGGCUCAAGCUUGUCUUCUCCCAUCAGUUUUGAGAGGACGACAUUGUUAGAGCCUUCCCUAUCGGUGCCACUAAUCCUGUUAUCAGCUUCGUUAUAAAUAUUAAUUCCCCUGGCCCUUCGGUGAUGGUGCUGCGUCAGAUUCAGAGCUGUUAGGAGUCUCACCCCGCCUCCGCGAGAAACCGAUGCGAGGCAGGGCCAAGUUGAUGCGAUGGCGGCCUGCCCGGAGAGGUGCGUGGACGCCACCGUGCUGGACUUCGUCGCAGACCUGUCCCUGGCCUCCCCUGGGCACCCUCUCCUCUGCGACUUCGCAUCCGGGGUUCCCUUUGGGGACCGGGACCUUGUGCUCCCAGAGGCAAGACGAAGGAGGCUGGCACGCUUUGAAGAGGAUCCAGACGAGGAGGGUGAAGUAGACGAAGGGGAGGAGGAGGAAGAGGAAGAGGAGCAUGGGAGAGGUGCCUCCCCGCUGGGCCGCCCCAAGAGGAAAAGGGUGAUCACCUAUGCCCAGCGCCAGGCAGCCAACAUCCGCGAGAGGAAGCGGAUGUUCAACCUCAACGAGGCCUUCGACCAGCUGCGAAGGAAGGUGCCCACUUUUGCUUAUGAGAAGAGGCUGUCCCGAAUCGAGACCCUACGCCUGGCCAUCGUCUACAUUUCCUUCAUGACCGAGCUCUUGGAGAGCUGCGAAAAGAAGGAAACCGGCUGAGCCGGAGUGGGCUGGAGGCGUCUGCCCCCUCCUCUCCCGGGCGCGCGCGGGCUUCGGGUGCGUCAGGACCCGGCAGGGUGCGGCCGAAAGGCCAGGAAGGACUCUUCAAGACAGAGUGUCUGGCCUUCUGGGGUUUGAUUCGGGGUUGCGAAAUCCCCACAGCCCUCGAGCAGAGUGGCAGCCGUAGAGUUAAUAUACACGCGAACGCUCUCAAUGGAGUCUGGGGCAGGGAAGGGUGGGGCGCCUGAGGAGUUAGAACCCGCUGGGCUGCUGACGCGAGCGCCCAGAAACAGCUUCUGCCGGCCUGUUGGGUGAGGAGCUAAUCUUCUCCCCAAACUGCAGACGUCGGGGGCUUCUGUAGAGUCCAAACUCUUCUCU